GCGUGUCUUUAGCCUUGCCCACUUUCGCACGUUUUUUUCGUGAAGAGGAAAGCGUGGAGUCUACGCCGCGGAUCUGCCUUGUCAUUGCAAUCACAGCCGGAGAAACGCGUGGUCAGCAGCUGCACCGCCACACAACUGGUGAAUGCUGGUGUUUGUAAUUGCACUAUAAAGACGAUAUGGAUACUGAACAGAGUGGUGAGGUCGUGGAGGUUUCAGACUCCCCACAGGAAGAAACUGAAACUCAGAAAGAAGUUGUGUCCAAAGUGGAGAGUCCAGCUGACACUGAGACACCAGCUACUACUGUUACUGCUAAUGGAGAUGAUGAACAAGUUAACGGCCACUCUGAGGUUGAAGUUGUAAAUGAUGUUGGUACAGAAGAAGCAGAUGUGAAGGUAGAAGAUGACGCCAAAAUGGAAGAUAAUGUUCCCGAAGAAGAGCCAAAGGAGGAGCCAGCAGCAAGCCUCUCUGAUAAGGAAGGCAUAGCUAAAGAUCUGGGCAAAGAUGAUGAUGGCAACCAGCCUGAACAAGAGGAGAAGAAGGUUGAGCAGGCACCAGUAAAUGAAACCAUAGCUGAACCAGUUGUUGCGCAAGAGCCAGUAGAGACACCACCACCAAAAGAAGAGGAAAAAGUGGUUGAAAAUGUUGAGGUGCCGAAAGAGAAAGGAGAACCCAAGGAGGAAGAAAAGAUGGUGGAAGAAGAUAAAGAGAAGACUGAAGAAUCUAAAGGAGAGGUUAAGGAAAAAUCUGACACGGUUGAAGCCGAGGUAGCCCCAACAGCAGCAGCAGAAACGGCAGCAGAAGAUGGAAAAUCAGAAGUGAAAGAGCAAGAAGAAGAUCCAACUCCUGCAGCUGGCUCCUUGGCGUUUGCCAUUUUGGAGCAAGACAAAACCAAAGAUACAUUCAAAACCACACGUACCUUGGUGGUCCUCCGUGGUCUACCUGGAAGCGGUAAAACUUUCCUGGCUCGUGCUAUAGCCGAAGCUUAUAAAGACCAAUGCUCAAUCUUAAGCGCUGAUGACCAUGAUGUGAAACCGGGCAGUGCUGAUGGUUACAAAGCAUUCGAUGAAGCGAUUGUAGCUAAAUGCAGCGCCGAAUCUCCAUCGCUUAUUGUUGUGGAUGACACAAAUCACACCCAGGAUCGGCUGGCCCAUUUGAGGGGAAUUGCCAAACAGCACCGGCUUGUGGCGAUCUUCCUGGAGCCAAAGACGGAGUGGAGCAGAGACGCCACACAGCUGACCAAAAAGACCAAGAAAGGGUUAGAGCAGGCCAAGUUGGAGACCUUGAAAAAGGUUUACGAGGAAAUGUCGAUUCCUCUCUAUUUUGGGUGGUUUCUCUUCUGCACAGUUCAAGACCAGGUCAGAGAGAAGUCAACGGACUUUCUCAAAGUGUUGGAGGGUUUGGAGAGCUUCAAGAAACACAUAAGUGACUUCAGUGGGAAGGAGGAGGAGAAGGAGGUGGACCUAGAGCAGUACUUCAAAGCCAAAAGAACUCUUCACUGCACCACCAAGUUCACAAACUACGGGAAAGCAGAAGGAUCCAAAGAGUAUACUGAGAAACAAGUUGUGCAAGAUCUGUACAGCUCUGUCUCUGAACUCUCCCUGAGUGCUCUCUUCGUUACUCCACGCACGGUUGGCGCUCGUGUGUCCCUGUCUGAGGACCAGCUUCAGCUCUGGCCCGACGACGCUGAAAAGGAGGCGGAGUCUUUUGUCCCGGGUGCUGCCACUUUACCCCCCGGGAGCCGCGCCCACGUCACUCUUGGUUGUGCUGAUGGAGUCAAGCCUGUUCAAACCGGCUUCGAUCUCCUCCAAAUCCUUAUGCUCCAGAAAGAUGGCCAGCAGGGGGAGCAAGUGGACAUCGACCCAGGCACGCUCACCUAUUACGGGGAAGGAAGGUGGUAUCUCGCACUCAAAGAGCCAAUCUGUGCAGCCGCUUGCUUCUCUAGUGCUUACAAACCAAAAGCACCUGGCACAGGUAAAAAGGAAAAGAAGAAGGUGAAAUGCAGCAUUCUUUAAAACAUGGUAACUCAAUAUUGUCAGCCUCAUAGCGUAACUACCUAGGUUUUUUUUUUUUUUUCUGUAGGCCUGUCACAAUGAUAUUGAAGUGUGAUAUAUUACUGACGAACAUAUAGACCAUAAACAAUAAUACUAAAACCAUUGUACAUGUACAAUAUGUUUACAAA